AUGGCUUUGACAACAAGAAAAGCUUUCUUCAAAGAUGGAAAAGCCUUCAUACUGUUACUAGCCCUCUGCAUCUUGCUAGCGAGUCAAACAAAUGCAAGUCUUCUGGAUCCAAAGUUGAUAGGGAGAGAGUUGCAAACAUUCGCCAGGGAUGCCCUAGGAGUGAACGAAAUGCAGGUAUAGGAUAUUUAAUUUCCCUCGGUAUGGUGUAUCAGGGACUAUUUUUUCAAAGAAAUAUAAUUGAUAGAAUAGAAAAGCCCAGGUUUGUAUUCGAGCCUUGUUGAAGCCUGAUCUAUUUGCAAGGUUUAUUUUCUCCAAUUUCUUAAAUUGCAUUGCAACUGUGAGAGUUAGUUUCUUAUUUGUUAACAUUUGUUAUCAUUUACUUCCUUUAUUUGUGAUUACGUUAAUUGAGAUAUGUACAGGUUACUUCUUAUCUACUUUUUGAAAAUUUGUGAGUUUUGUAUUUCGAUUUUUUUUGCGGAUCAUCUGCGUGACAAACAAUCUAACGAGUUCCUGUUUAUCAUUCAUGUCUAACGAAGCAGUUAUCCGCAUUUAUCUUGUGAUGUCUGGCAUAACCAUCAACCGUUGCAAGAUAAUAUCAGUAAUGUUUCAUCCUUUUUUCGUGGAAACUUGUAAUUAGAGCUGUUGACUUUCUGAAAAUGUUGAGUCAUCCAACAUCUUUAGUUCCUGCCUGCCAAUUAUUUAUGCGCCACAAACAAGAUGCAUAUCCCACAUCAGACGUAUCGAUUCUUGUAAUUUUGAAUCAUUAACUUUGUCUACGGUUUUCAAAAUUUUCCUUUCAAAGAUCAUCUCGUCUCAACGCUAAUAAUAAAAUAAAAGUCAUUCAGAGCUUCACUCGGAAAAGUUCUUAGAACGAUCUUAAUGUUUCGUUUUUAUGCUUGCCUCUCGCCUCUGACUAAUCACUAAUAUUGACGACAUUGCAAAUGCGAUGCGUUGACCUACAUAACAGUUCCGAAUCAGACUGUUUGUAGCUCAGAGCAUCUUUUUUUAAUUUUAGUUUCAUAUCCUAAAGAUCUUGGAACCCUUGGUUCGAAACUCCAAGGUACAAUUAUGCUGGAAAAUGUGUUUCGGUGACACAACCGCCGGCCAUUGCUCCGAACGCAUUCGAAAGAGGAAGUGAUGGCAUACCCUUUCAAUAUCAUAAUUUUGUUAUUUCUUCUCACGAGUUAAGCCUAAAGGCUCAAAAGUUAAGCCCUUAAUUGAUGGGUUUGUUAAAAGACAAACAAAUCAGGGCGUAAAGCUAGGAACUUUUUACGAGCAACUGCAGAAUGGCCUGCCACUUUGGUCCACCUCAUUCACAUGCGUCGGGAGGCUCUGAAGAUCGAGGCAUAACACAAUAAAAGUUAUUCUUAGUCAAUGACAUGUAAAUUCUACAGCUUAGCCUUUUAUUAUUUUUUAACAAAUAGACUUCCUGUUGUCGUGCGUAUAACUGUUCAGAAAUAGGUCACAGAGGACAAAAAAGUGGCCCACGAGGCGCAGCCGGGAGUGUCAUGGGUGUUCCUACCACAUUUUGACGUCAUUUGUGAUCUAGCGUCACAGGUGCACGGAAACAUAGAAUCUAUUUGUUUCAUGUGAUAAAGAAAAGAUAACUAUUGCUAAGGAUGACAUCAUAUAUGCGUCUAUCCUCCAACAGACCUUGAUUACGAUCCAAUCAAAACAAUGCAUGCAUUAUUCAACUCUGAUCCUGUAUCGCCUGAGAGUUUUCUUUGAUCUUUGCAGCAAUACUUCGAAAGCCUUCAGUAUCACAAGGGAACAGUGCAAGGAGAUCUUGUGACUCCAGAACUUGCUGCAAAACUUUCUGACAAGUUCAAAGUAAGAUUUGAGGUCGUAAAACGGCUCAAGACAGCUGUAGAAGCAUCAUACGUCGGAGCGGACUCUGUUAAACCGGUGCCUCAAGAGGAAUGCUGCAAUGUUGUCAAAUCCACACUCAAGUAUGAUAUUCGAUUCCAUACCAAAGUGGAUAUGGACCGUGUCUGUUUGAAGAUUUCUAACAAUGCCCUUCCAAACCUCGUCUAUUUAGAUAAAGGUGUUGCCGAGGAAAUGAGAGAUAUCUCCAGAACGUAUCCUUUUAUCAAAUGGCAAUAUUUUGGAUCGGAGCAAGGUGUAAUGACCACUUUCCCCGUGUAUGACGAUAAAGAGGAUUGUGGUAGGUUUGACCCUCGUUUCAGACCAUGGUACGUGGAAACUGCUACACAUGAAGCCAAAGAUGUGGUGCUUGUUAUUGAUAUCAGCGCAUCCAUGACUGGGGAAAAACUUCACGCUGCCAAAGAAGCUGCCAAAACAGUAUUGGACACUAUGAACCCUAAAGACCAGGUAAGAAGUAGUUUGGCACAAUUUGGAAGUAACAAAUCAAAUUAGUUCCCGUUGGAGGUUAGGACCAGGUAGGCAUAAAACAUGAGACGAUGGAAAUGGGAGGACUUAUUCAAGGAUAUAAUGUCCUUCAUUUCAUAAAAUUCCCUGAGUCUAAACCAACGUGUCUAAAGGAUAGUUACUAGGAAAAUUAAAGAUUUUGCCUUUUCUGGGUGAUGAUGAAACAUGAUUUUAUCUCUUCAGGUUGGAGUUGUUUCAUUUUGUACUGUUGCGUCAACGCCAGGAGACGCUGGGGGCAAAAUUCCAUGCUAUAGUGAACGAUUAGCACAAGCAGUUCCUAUAAAUAUAAAGAAAAUGAAAUAUUAUGUGGAAGGAUUAGUACCGCAUGGUAAAUAUUGAAAUUAUUUUUACUACAAUGUGAGUUGCAGGCAGUAGUGACAAAGCGUAUUUCAAAUUCUGAUUAUCAGACAUUUCAAAUAAUUUUCAUUUUAAAUACUCGCAACAACCUUUUCUAAGUUAAUUCUAAAGAUCUUUAGAAUGUUUUAAGAUCUGGCACUGUCCUUCUGCCAUUCGUUAAUCACAAUGUUGGAUGAUUCCUUUGGACUCUAAUGAUAUAAUCUUGCAGGUCUGAGUCAGUACAAGCCGGCUUUUGAAAAAGCAUUCAGUCUCUUCAAGGGUUCAGUUUCUGGAGAAUCGGGGCAAAAAAAGAAAAGAGUCAUUCUGUUUUUAACGGAUGGCAAACCCUCGGAUAUUAAGAAGGACUCUAUUUUCCGUACAAUAAGGGAUAAGAAUGUUGAGCUCAACAACUCCGUUAUCAUCUUAACGUAUGGAUUUGGCAACGUAAACCAAACAAUUCUAGAAGACAUAGCGAAGCAGGACACAGCAAAAUAUGGCAUACCAGCAGAUAUCUCGGUUGGAGACAUCACAGUAAGUUGGCACUCAUCUCAAUAACGUUUUGCGUAUUAAAGAAUAUUUCGAUCGAGUGUCGUAAAAAUCCGAACCAAAAUAAUCGCAACGACUAAUCAGGAGGAAGCGGAAUAAAAACAAGCCAGCUACCCGAAGCGCUGAACAAGUCGCAUCGGUUUCAAUUCUGCAUUUGAUUAGUGGGGAAUAGUACGAAUUUUUUGGACCAAUCAAAGAGCAAGGUAAGGUAAAACCAAUGCAAUUUCGGUAAUUGGGUAUUAUCAAGCGAGUUGAUGACGUAAAUUGGCCAUCGUUAAAAGGUUGAAAGCUCCUCAAACUCUAAACGGUAGCCAAUUAACGUUAUCAACUCAGCCGCUAAUACCAAAUUGCCUUGUUACACUCUCCCACCGACGCAGCACCACAGCACCCCCUUCUUGGAUUGCUUUCGACACUGAGUUUUUUUAGUUAUGGUUUACUCACCCUUUUUAUAUUCCUUUUAGACCGGCAGAUACAAAUAUGUUAAGGACUUCAAAACCUUAAGAGGAGACAUGGCCACCUAUUAUGAUUUAUUCUCGCUGGGGACCCACCUUGAUCCAGUUGUGUCUGUGCCAUAUGUGGACGCUUUUGGAUUAGGUAUGUUGAAUCAGACACCUUUGAUUUAAUUUUGUAAUUUGUAUGAUUAUCAGAGACAAAUGGUAAUUGUCGUGCAGUUAGCUACUGGGCAGGUUAGGUGUAGAUACGUUACUGACUCGAUUGGCUGCCAAAGCCUAUGAAGAUUUCUGCAGUAUAAAUUGACCCUUAAAUAGUGUGCUUAUCCAUCCCAGUGUCCAUAAAACUGAUUUACGGAGACAGACCAACAUUUCAACCUUAAAGUUCGCUUUUCCUCGUCCAAAUUAAUUUACAUCUUAACAGCAAAUCAUAGUUUUUGCCUACCAAUAUUUCCUUUCAGUUUCCUCUACAGUUUAUUUAGGGAUUCUUUGUCUAAUUUGUUUCAUAAUUUUGGUUGUUGUCAUUUACGCCGCUUGUUUUCUUUCGAGCGCUUUUAUUGGUUUCUCGCGUUUUGACGGGUUUUUCUAUAAUUAGCGACUUGAUGAACAAAAUAGUUGAUACUCUCUAAGAGACAAAAAUUAUUUUAUUCCAUAAAGGAAACAGAAAAAAAAAAUUUCAGUUUUCCAGGUUUUAUGAAGUGAUAAACCCACUUGAGAUGUUGUAAGAACAAUCGAGAACCUUACUCUGACAGCUCGUGAUUUAAAAACUUUUCUCGUAUUCUCCUGAAAUCCUGCGCGGCUUCAUCACGUCAUAAAACCAGUAAAAUGUAUUUUAUUACUUACUCACGUAUCAAAGCUAUUUUUCCCCAACCUUCAUUUCAGGGCAAGUCUUGACGAUUUCCUUGUCUUGUUUUCACAAUGGGAAAUUCAUUGGCGUGGUAGGGACUGACAUCACCGUUGAGGACCUUUUGUCCGACAUAACAUUCUUUAAUCAAGGCCAAAGUACUUAUGCAUUCAUGAUAAGCAACUCUGGACGGACCCUUAUCCACCCUCUCCUACCAGCCCCUACUGAUGCCUAUGGGGACCCCUUUUUUAUGGACAUAACAACUUUGGAGCCAGAUGCAGAAUUUAAGGAGGUGUUUGAAUCGAUCAAAAAGUAGGUUGAAUUUACAGAAAAGCUUCAAUCUAACUACAGGACUAACUUCCUUUCUGGCACACACAUGGUAGUGUUUCCUGAGUAGUUUAUUCAAACAUUUGUCUUCCUUACCUUUGCUUAACUUUAGUUUCCCAAAAAUAGAAUGUGUUGUUUUUAUCUUCAAAGAGGAAAAUCUGGGUCAAAGACUUUUGUUGCCAAACGAUUUCUACCACGAGGGGGAAUAGAGAUACAAGGAGUGACAGAGACGGAAGUGAACUGCACAUACUUCUGGACACCUUUAAUGGAGGUCGACUUCACUGUGGGCGUGGUUGUUCCUGUUUCUCAUUCUAAAGACCAACUGAAACCACUCCAGAUGCCAAAUGGUAAAAUUAUAAGGCCUAUGUCAGAAAGCGAUAUGAAAUUAUUAUUAUAGCCUCGUUGGCUAUCUUCUAUCUCAAAUCCAACGCACGCUCGUGGAAUAAUUGUUAAAUAGACCAUACAAUAACUUCUAUUCACGACAUUGUUUUGGCAGGUUACUCAUUCAAUUACCAUCGAAUCGACCUAUACCAUACUGGCAAGAUAUGCUCUCAUUUUGGAGCGAAUGCUUCUAAAGGUAAAGAAUGAAAAUGGGAGAGUAAGCAAAACUAGCUGAAUCAAUGACAACGUGAUAUUCAAAUGAGUUACAUCAAUAAAGACAGCCACUCUAUGCCAUUGUCUUAAGCUUCAGAUACGGAGGGGGGUUCAGUUACAUACCUGAGCCCCCAUAUGUCUUCUUGUAUCCUUAUGAUCGCCCCCUCCCCCCUACUCAUUCGCAUUUAAUAAGCAGUCAAUUUUGUCUAUUCCCCCUUUAUGCUCUAUUGGUGACAAUUGAUCCCCCUCCCUCCUCCCACAGAUACCCUGUGAUCCCCAAAAAGAAUCAUCCACUCCUCCCCCAAGGUAAUAGUUGAUGACUAACCCUAAAAUGCACUUUUCAAUAUUUAAUCAACAGACACCACGUCCGUGAAGUUUUCCCCAGGAGCUUAUAAGGAUCCCUACAGCUAUAUUGGCAAAGACGAGACGAAGGCAGACGUAGAGUUAUUAAUCGCGUACAUGAAAGAUGACACAGGGAAGGUAACAAAUCCUGGUCUGAAGAAUGACAUCAGGGAUAUUGUAAUAGCAACAUGGAAAGUGGAAGACCUGUGGCUGCGUGACAAAACUGACCUUACGCAAUAUUUGGUUUGGAGAUACAUCGGGACAGCAAAUGGAGUUAUCAGGAGUUCUCCAGGUGUUGUGAUAGACAAACGUUAUGAUCCAAGGCAGAGGCCAUGGUAAGGCAGUGUCUCCUCCUUGAAAUAUUUUGCAAGGAAGACUAGUUCACGUCACCAAAAUUAUGCAUACAAUCAGGAAAAGGUAUCACUUUGACCCAUGGUUGAAUCCGGGGUUUAAAAGCUUAACACAAAUUCCAACAUCAAAAAUCAAGUCAAUACUCAACAGUAACAUUAUUAUCUUCUAUUCAGGUAUUAUUCUGCCUUGGCCCAUACGGGUUUACUUGCUCUAACUGCUCCUUAUUUAGACCUGGGUGGAGCCGGAGUUGUAGUAACCGCCAGCCGUGCACUAUACCGCGGAGAGCCGAGUCAUCUUCAUUAUACAAACGAUGAAGUGUUGGGAGUAAUUGGAGCUGACUUUCCUCUCUCGUAUUUUCAUAGGUGAUCAUCUUUUAUAUCGUGCACUUGUUCUUAAAGACCAGAAUUUGAUCCUAAGAGACUUCCAGUUCAGGACGAAAACUGUGGAGAAUUUAGACAGUUCUCAAUUCCUUUUUAAUGUGAUAAUUGAAGAAAAGAUUGAUUGAAUAGCGUGUUAGCAAUUUAAUAUCGACACAAUCGUUUAAGAUUUCAGUUCAAUGCCAAAGAUAAACUACUAAUUGGUUAGCUCUCAUUAAGGAUUCAUUACUUUCCUUACUUUUAUCAAGGAGAGCUUACCAAUUUAGGUUUUAGGGGGGAUGAGAGAAUCUUUAGUUUACAGCCCUUUAGUUCAUUAACGCACUGCAGCAAGAAAGGAAGAGUAGAGUUUAUUGAGUUAAGGCGAUUUUUGGAGCGUUUACUGCAGCAAAAACGGCUUUUUUAUCAUUGAUUUGCAAUGAAUUCAAAAAGAUAAUCACACGAGUUGAAAGCUUUCUUUGUGCGAGAUCAAUCGAAAGUACAAUAAAAAACGAAACAUUUCGCCAUCAGCAGUAGGAAUUGAUGUGUUACACCUCUUUCUUAACCCUUUAACUCCCAUAAGUGACCAAGAUAGAAUUUCUCCUUUCUAUAUCAAUACAAUAUCAACCAGAUAAGUGAUGAGAAUAAAGAAAAAUAUCAAUUUGAGGAUAAUUAGUUGAUCCAAUACUAAAAUUCUUUGAACUAACAUUAUGAUAAUUAUAUGGUUGACAGUAAGGAGAAAUACAAAUUUGAUCUGGGAGUUAAAGGGUUAAACCUUAUGUUUUGUAACAUUUACAAUUAUCAUUGGCAGGUUACUAACUGAUGUGUAUCCAAAGUGUAAGGAGACCAAAACAUACUCUUGUUUCGUAAUGGACAGCGGUGGUUUUCUUAUCAUGCAUGAGGACUUCUUACUUGCGUCAGCCACAUCGUCUGAUGUACAAUAUGUGCAUAUCACGGAGAAAGAGAAAAAUAUUGCAGAAGACCUCAUCAAAAAGAAAUACCUGGUGAAAAAGCACUGUCGUCAUUUGGAAGAGAUUCAAAAGCAAAGCUUUUAUGAGCUCUCCUUGCCCCUCGGGGGAGCAGACACUCUUCGAAGUGGUGCAAGAUGCUCGAAAUACCAACUGCAGAAAAUUGUGGGAACCAAUGCCUUCUUAGGUAUGAACAAUUAUCUUUUCAUGUGGAUAGAUACAGUAAUUCGUAUUGAAGAUACCUACUUCACUACAAAAUGCUAUGUAGUAAGGCUUUUAGGGGGAAUCACUUAGGGGGAGAGGAGUAGGAAUCAGUCGUCACCAAUGGAUUAAAAAGGAGGGGAACCAUUGAAAAUUGACUGCUACCUCACUGCCAAUGAAGGGGGUUCAUUUGAAUAUUACAGAGCUAAAUAGGGGAUUGGGUAAAUCGUGACAAAACCAAAACCCUUCGACACCCCCACCCUCCACCCUCCUGGUGAAAAAAAAUGACUGGUCCGUUCGUCAGUAGACAGUCAGUCGCUGUUCAGUCACUCAGUCACACAGAUAGACAAGCAAUCAUUCAGUGCUCAGCCUUUAAUCGACCACUGGCACCGUUAGUCUGUCAGAUGAAAUAUCUAUUCUCACUUUUUAAUGCCUGUUUCUAGGUGUUACUGUCAGAGAUUCGUUUUGUCACCCAGAGCCGUGUUCCUGUUCCACUGAUAGAAAUUGUUCCCCUCUCAACUUGACGUGUGAGUGUCCCUGCAUGUCUCGUUUGGAUUUCCAUUACUGCCACAAUGAGUUUUACGAUAGCAGGUUGGUCAACUAAGUGUGAUUUCCAGUAUUGUAGUUAGCAUUGACCUAUCUUGGGCUCGUUUCUAGACAUCAUUAGGUGACAAUUUGGUGAGUGGUGCAGUUUCCUUAAUGCUUAUAAUAAAGGACUGUCUAUGAAUAGGUUUGAGUUUUCUGCUCAUGAAAAAGAUAUUGUUCAUGUACUCUUAGAGUGCCCCAGUUCUCAGCCAGGGCUAGAAAUAAGAGACAAAGAAUUGCUAAAGAUCAUAUGCUUAUAAACAACAGCUGGUAGUUAACCCCAUUAACCUUUCUAGGAAAUUAUCAAUUUCCUUCCAUAAAGAGAGGGAUGAUAUGGGUAGCUUUCAUGAGCUAUUCGUUUGGAUAGAGUCCACGUUUUUAAAACUUUAACAAAAACAUUUUUUCAGUCUCCCUAUUUGUGCACCCUCGGCAGAGGAGGUCCUAUCAGCUGCCUGUGGUGCUCCGAGCCACAUCGUUCAACUUAACUCUUGUAAAGAUCCUGUCUUGGAAGAUUGCCUCGUUACCCAAUGCAGCGAGAAGAACAGUUCAGAAACGUGCGAAGGCAUCAUUGGUUGCUAUUGGUGUGAGAGCAACAAAGACGAUAUACCAUUGGAGAAAGCGUACUGCGCAAGUGCUGACGUGUGCUUCAAAGGAAAGGAAGGUAUUCGAGAUGAAAGUAGUUUCCAAAUUGUCCAGCCUAAAAAAAAGGCGAAAAAACCUUGAGGUUGACUUGUUUACCUUUCAGUAGAGGUCGUCAUUCUCCUUGUCAUUCUCCUUGUGUUUUGUCGAGAGUUAGGCCUUGAUUCCUUCGUUGGAACUUCUGUGUUUCGUGUAACCUUUUAUGUGCCCUUUUGCUUUUUUUUUUAGUUCAGAUAACUUUUCAACGGAAUGAACCCAAAGCUUCUGUGAUUGCAUUGUAUGAAUCAGAGGGCCGUAGAUGAAAAUUUCCUUAACGAGGAUCCCAUCAAAAUCUAUCGAUACAAGAUCCCUUCUUCUAAUUAUUAGUCAUUGUGGAACAAUAAUGUUUUUUUUAAUGUUCCUAUAUGGUACAGUUGGAAACGAGAUCUGCCCAAGCGAAUCACCAAGCACAGCUCUCAUUUCACAUCCCACACAAGAAAGCCACAGUUUUGAUGUAAAACCUGACAGUAAAAAGAAAUCUCGUCACUUGUCGUACGGAGCUAUCUCAGGGAUUAUUACUGGUUGUAUGGCAAUCGAAGCUGUUAUAUUAAUAGCAGUCGUUUUGGUAAGAAGUAUGAGUUUUGUAUUUGAACUGAACACCUGGCAGAGCACUCUCUCAUUUAAAAUUUCUCAUCAGUAAUUUUGACCAAUGUAUCGAUACCUAAGCAAUACGUAAGAUUCACAAUUCAUUUAGAUUGCGUUUGAUUCAAUUCUGAAACUACCUCAUUCAAUUUUGUUUUCGUUAGAUGAUAAAGCGUUGUAAAAAUAAGUCAAGUUCGCACACAAGUCCUUCUGCCGAACAAAUGUUUGUCAUUGGAACUCAAGGUGCCUCUCCGGAUCCUCCUCAGCAGCAACCUGUGGCGCAGAUCCCCCAACCUGUUGAGCCAGUGUCUGCUGAUUCUAAUAUUUAUAAUAGAUUAAACAGAGGACCGUGUUUAAACCAAGCCUUUUAUGAUAACGUCAGAGAUAGUCCUCCAGCUGUCCCAGCAAGGAAGCAAUUACCUACGACUGUAUCAGAAGCAAGAGGUUCUUCUGAACAGACAAGUUUUGUGAUGUCCACUCUGGAUAGCUGCAGAAGGUGUUCCUCCAGUGCAGACACACAGGGCGAUGUGUCUCUGCAAAAUGUCAGGACAGGUGCAGUACUCAUUCCAGCACCAGUGAUUCCUAAAGAAAAUCGGACUUUCCCUGAGUCUGAAGAAGAAAAGGUUACGGAGGAUCAGCAGCAGACUUCGGCAUUUGAUGCUGGUUGCACUACCCAGGAAGUUAAUAAUGUGCAGCAGCCUGAUAGCAACGUAACACAAAAAGGUUCUGACGGGAGGCCAUCCAAAGCUACGACGCCUUCCUCUGUUGAGGUUAAUGGGCUGCCGCAUAACUCUAACAUACCAGUAAACGUUCUUACGAGACAAGAGAGUUGCGACUCUACUGUUCUUGAUCCUGACAAUAACAUAAUUUGCAUUGAUGUGUAACUUGUAAUGACGGACAAUGUUUCAAAGAGUAUUGACUCGUAAUGAAUUGCUGAAUAGCAAAUGUGAACAGCAAAUUUUUCAAAUCUGUCAGACUGACUUGGGUGAAGAAUGUGGUUGCUUUGACAACUCACUGUUUUAUGCACCUCAGAAAGCACAGUCAUUUGUAGAUCAAAAUAACUUUUUACCGCGGAAUAUUAUUCUAAAUGUACAGUUUAUUUUAUGUGUUCCUUUUGCAAGAAAGUCGAACUCAUUUUGAUUGAUCUUUCUGCUACAGCGUUUUAUACUUCGUUACAAAAUGCUUGACUCAAAGCAUUGAAAGGGUACUUUACACUGCUAUGUCGCAG